UUUCACAUCCAAGAGUUUUCUAUCCAAGCUUCCAGCCCGCAAGCUACUUUCGGUAUUAUCCAGCAAAUCAUUUCAUAAACAAUCAUACCACCAAUUGAACAACCCCUCAAAUACAUCCGUCAUCCUUCUACCUUCGAAAUACCACCACGAGAAAAAAAACCUCAAACAUAAUCAUCAUCAUGUAUCGUCUUGCAAUCAACUCUGCCAUGCGACCAGCAGUCCGCACAUCCAUCCCAGCUGCUAGAGCAUUCACUGUAUCAGUACGCACCAUGGGCGAGGGAGACACCGGCGCUGCCAGAUUGGCGGCCAACAUUCCGCAAAGGAAAGGAGAUGCCUUUACCAAACGCGAAAAGGCCAAUGAGGAUUUCACCAUCCGCCAGCGCGAGAAUGAGAAACUCUUGGAGUUGAGAAAGAAAAUUACCGAACAACGUGAUCACUUGAAGAAACUUGAGGACCACAUUACCGAAAUCGAGAAGCAAUCUGGUGGCGAGCAGAAGUAAGUAUACACAUACUUUUAGAAAAAACUUCGAGCUUUCGUCCAUAUAUCCAUAUAUCCAUAGUCAGAAUUUGAGAAGUACUGUUUUCCAUCGAUGGACUCCUCUCUUCUCUAAAUGCAAUCAAGUCUUUUAAUUCUCAUCCCCCUGUUUCUCUUAUCUUUUUCUCGCUUUGCAGAAUUUAAGAAAGAAGAAAAUACUAAAUGCUUUGGUUCAUUACCAGCUAAAUCAACCUGAAAAUUUGCACAAAUAAAAAAAACUUCGUGUGUGGAUGGCCGGGGGGAAGGCGGAAAGGGGGUCGUUUAAGUCGAGCAAGACUGAACAAAAUGAAAUAUGAUAUCAGGAUCGUGAUGAAAUCAUGGUCGUUUAUAGUCGGUGAAAUUAUUGAUUGUAUGAUACGAUCAUUGCCUGUACACGUGGUUGCAGAAUUCCCAUGUGUGUCAAGCCGAGUUGAUCCCAUUUCAAUGGAACAAAAUUGGUUAUGAGCUUGAUCAGUCUCUAUUCUUUCUUGCUUCAUGCUAUCUAUUAUACACAAAAAUGCUCAUUAGAACACUUCUACCCCGGUUCG